AGAUUUGUUCUCUGCCUGUCAUCAGGGUCAAUUAAGAACAACAUACUCCAGAAAUCAGACAUUCACAAAAAUGUUUAAAUACACGGAACCCCAAAAAGUGGCAUUGGGAAUGGAUGAAAACAUGACACAAAAAUAUGCCUACUACAUACCAGUGGCAGAAACUCUGAAGAGCUUUUUACAGUCACAUUUAGGGAGGAAUACACAGUCACAACAGUUUGGAGAUCCAGAUGUAGAGGUUUUUACGGAUUUAUAUGAUGGACAAAAUUUCAAAUUUCACCAGUUCUUUAAUGAAAACUCUGAAAGCCUAAAACUGAUUUUGUACCAAGAUUCAUUUGAAAUUGUGAAUCCCCUGGGUUCUGCUAAAAAGACGCACAAAGUUCUUGCAGUCUAUCUUUCAUUAGCAAAUUUACCCAUUCAUUUGCGUUCAAAUACUGAUAAUAUGUUUUUAGUCUUGUUGUGUGUUGAGAAUGACCUUAAGCGUUUUGGAAUAGCCAAAGUUUUCUCAGAGUUGUUGGCAGAUCUGAAAUCCUUGGAGACAGAUGGAAUAAAUGUAGAUGGAGAAACAGUAAAAGGGGGUCUUUACUGCAUUGCUGGGGAUAACUUGGGUUCUCAUUGCAUAGGUGGGUUCACAGAGAACUUCAGCCGCUCUCAAUAUUUUUGCAGGUACUGUGAAAUCACAAGAAGUGAGUUUGAGGCUGAUCCGAAUGCCUGUGGUCCUCCACGCACCCCAGAGACGUAUGACACGGCUGUUGCUGAUCUCCAGGCUGAAAACCUCGAAAGCGUCAGAGGAAUAAAGGUGGCAUUUCUUCUUCAGUGCAAAUAUGAGUGACUCAGAGCGAACCUUCCUAGAUGUCGCCAUCAUGGAAGUCCUACCAGAACUUCCAGCAGUAAACAAAAACAUCCUGGAAGAGCACUUGCAGUCCAUUGGAGUCGAGACGUAUGAUGAUCUACGCUUCAUAAAGGAGGCUGAUUUGAUGACAACAUUAAGACCUGUACAAGCCAGAAAGCUUCUUUCCGUUUGGAAACGGAAAUACCAAACUCCUGAGAACAGCUCACUAUCAUCUGUGGAAUCCUCACCUACCCAAUUGCUGUCAUCGCUCUCUGUUUCACCCGGAAGUUCAUCGUCAACCUCCUCCAGCAGCCCAAGACUUGACACACAGUGGGAAGACAACUUUGAAAUUCCAUGGAGUACAUUUCCUGAGGAAGUGAUGCAUUCUUUGGAGAGGGGAAAAAGGCCAGGCCCUAAACUGAGGAGGCAAAUGGUCCGGAUUGUUGUGACUGAGAUGAUGAAAAAAUGCCCUCAUGUAGGUAAAAAGCAUUCAACUGACGUUGCAAAAAAAAUGGUGGCAAAAUACCCCAAAUCCCUACAAGAUGUAAUAGAGGGCGAUGUUGUCGGAACAGGCUACCAUUCCCUUGUCAAGCAGUUGCAGAACAGAAUAGAAAAUGUGAGGCGCACUUCAACACCCAAAAUAAGAAAAAGAAAACAUCAGACUGACUCAGACCACACAGACGAGAUCCCAUUAGAAGAGAGAGCAGCAAUGCAGGACACUUACGGAUGCAUUAAAUGGAAUGUGAAAUUUCUGCCCCUUGAAGAAACUCAAGAGAGCCAGCAGCAAAAGAUGGAAAAACUCAAGGUGAUGUUCCAACACUCUGAUGCCAAUCCAGAGGAGGUAAAAUGUCUGAUGAAGUCCACUUUUUACACACAGCGUCAACAUGUCAACCAGGGAAAAAGUAUCAAAUGCCUUAGAGAGGAGUGGCCGUUUUGGUUUGAUGAACUUGGCAUGUCAGUCCACUUCAAGGAACUCACUGGGAUUGACCUCAAAGAGACAUUCACACGAAAUUUGGAUUUGAAGGGAAAAAGGCUUCUCGACUACAUGACCACAGUUUGUGUCAGCAAGAGCAAGAAGUUCCUUCAGAAUUAUGCAAGGCUUCAGAGGAUGCGGGGACAGCAGAGUGGCUGCUCAGAUGAUGUGAUACAGAUGCUCCUGCUUCUGCUCAGCUACUUCGAUGAGAAGGAGGAGUCCAUGUUCUUCCAUGUCGAAGAUACAUGUCUGGCAGAAGAGGUCCAACUGGAGCAAGUGCCUCUGACACCCGCUGUUAUUGUCUGUGGACAGUCCUGCUAUUCCUCAACAAGGUACAUGCUGAGUCUGGAUCGGAACCUUAUCAACACAAACAUCUCCUCCUUCAUUUCUGCAUUGUGCCUCAUGUUCGGGAGCUACUACUGUUUCAACAUCCAUUAUCCAUCUGAGCUGGCUUCAACUCUGGAGUUUCUUCAAAGGUGUUUUUUCUCAAUGAACCCAGAAAAAGGAACCAAAGUAGAGAAUAAAAACUCCAAGCGUCGUCUCAACGUGAACCCACGAGUCCUCAGCCUGAUACAGGAACUCUCCGAUCACGAGUGGCGUCAAGCCUAAAUAUGGACUCUUUCUGUGGACUCUGGCUGUUUGUUUGAGAAGAGGUAGUGUUUUCGCUUUGUUAAAUCCACAAUGUGUAUUAUGGUAAUUAAGGCACAAUAUGUAAUUUCUGUUUUAAAGUCUUAAUGGUGCACUAUGUAACUUUUUCUAUACCUUAACAAACAGACAUGUUUAACAGAUCUGACCUGUAACUUUGGUCAAGUUUUAUGCCAUACUGUGGAACAUUCCAGACAGGGAGAGUGUGGGUUGUUGUUGUGAAUUGGGUUGUUUUGCACCUGGCACUUAAACUUUGUGACAAAAAUGUCCAGAUUUAAAGAGGCUAAUCUUCUGGACUAUUUCAACUUUGAUUCAGUCAUAGUUAAAAUAACCAUUACAUGUAGGUUCUUUGCAUGUUGUAUACGUUUAAAAAAAAUGCUCCCAAUUGUUUUAUGCCAUAUACUGUGGAACAUUCCAGACAGGGAGAGUUUGGGUUGUUGUUGUGCACCUGGCACUUAAAUGUCCAGAUUUAAAGAGGCUAAUCUUCUGGAGUAUUUCUACCUUGAUUCAGUCAUAGUUAAAAUAACCAUUACAUGUAGGUUCUUUGCAUGUUGUAUACGUUUAAAAAAAAAUGCUCCCAAUUGUUUUAUGCCAUAUACUGUGGAACAUUCCAGACUGGGAGAGUUUGGGUUGUUGUUGUGCACCUGGCACUUAAAUGUCCAGAUUUAAAGAGGCUAAUCUUCUGGAGUAUUUCUACCUUGAUUCAGUCAUAGUUAAAAUAACCAUUACAUGUAGGUUCUUUGCAUGUUGUAUACGUUUAAAAAAAAUGCUCCCAAUUGUUUUAUGCCAUAUACUGUGGAACAUUCCAGACAGGGAGAGUUUGGGUUGUUGUUGUGCACCUGGCACUUAAAUGUCCAGAUUUAAAGGGGCUAAUCUUCUGGAGUAUUUCUACCUUGAUUCAGUCAUAGUUAAAAGAACUUCUUUGCAUGUUGUAUUCAUUGAAAAAAAAUGCAUCCAGUUGUUUACAACUGUUGACGAUGAUGUUAAAUAAAUGCCCCUAAAGUGA